AUGACCACUCCAUUUAUUCUGGGCACCUCCACCGUGCCAGUGUACGGCCGUGUCGUAGACAGUCACACCCGCUGCUUUCACUACCAUACUGAGCUCGAUAUUAUUGCCAUCAAAUUCCGGUGCUGCGGCGACUACUACCCAUGUUACCAGUGCCACGAUGAGGCCACCCGCGAGCACCACGAGCCGAUGCGCUGGGCCCCCCACGAGCUAGACCACGCCAAGGUAGUGUUGUGUGGCCAGUGCUACUCCGAGCUAACCUUCCGCCAGUACGCUGGCGGGCCAUCUGCCUCCUGCAUCCGGUGCAGUGCCGGGUUCAACCCGAAGUGUGCUCUCCACUAUCAUAUCUACUUCGAUAUGGGCAGUGCGAAGGCUGAGUAG